AUGACCGGUGUGCAGAUCGACGCCGCUGCGGCGCCAGCCGCGCCCGCCGCCCUCGGCACCCCCGACGCGCCCGCGUCCGCGUCCGCGUCCAAGGCUACGGCCAAGCCGAAGCGCGAGCUCCCGACCCUCACGCGCGACGACAUCGCGGCGCGCAUCGCGCUCGGGCAGGCGCUCGUCCUCCGGCGCGACGUGGUGCUCAACGUGACCUCGUGGAUGGCGAACCACCCGGGCGGCGCGCUCGCGCUGCUGCACUUUGUGGGCCGGGACGGCGGGGACGAGAUCGCCGCGUACCACUCGGACCAGACGCUGGCCUACAUGGCCAAGUAUGCCGUCGGGCGCGUGGUCCUCGACCCCGUUACGGGCUGGGCGCCGCUCACGCCGCCGAUCGCGCUCGGCCUCGUGCAGCACCCCGACGGCGUCAAGGGCCACUGGGCGCGCGAGGGCAACGUCCGCCUCGCGCGCGGCGUGCUCCACCCCGCGUCCCCGAAAGAGGGCGGCGUCGAGGUCGUCAUCCUCACCCCGCAGCAGCUCGAGCCGGAGGCCGACAAGCGCGUCGACGCGGCCAAAGAGUACGCCCGCUCAAAGGCGUACCACGAGCUCAAGGCCCGCGUCACCGACGCCGGGCUAUUCAACCCGCCCGACUCGCUCGCGGGCUACGGCGAAGACAUUGCGCGCUACGGCGUGCUCGCGACCUGCGCGGCGGCGCUGUGGUACCUCUCUGACGGGUGGGUCGGGCAGAUGGCCAGCGCGGCAUUCCUCGGCUUCUUCUGGCAGCAGUUGACUUGUGAGUUGGUCCUGGUGCACGAUGCCGGACACUGCGGAGUGACGGGCGACUGGUGGUGGGACCGCGUGAUCGCCAUGACGCUCGCCGACUGGAUCGGCGGGCUGUCUGCCUCGUGGUGGUGCGACAACCACGACAUCCACCACCUGGUGACCAACCACCCGGAGCACGACCCCGACAUCCAGCACAUCCCGUUCUUCGCCAUCUCGAAGGAGUUCUUCGGCUCCCUCUGGUCGACGUACUACAAGAAGGUCAUGUGGUUUGACGCGCCGAGCCGCUUUUUGCUGCAGUUCCAGCACAAGCUCUACUACAUUGUACUCUCGCUCGCCCGCUUCAACCUCUACGCCAUGAGCUACAUCUACAUCUUGGGCCCCAAGCCCAAGCACGACGCGUUCUGGAAGUACGAGCUCGCCGGCAUGACCUUCUACUGGGUGUGGUUUGGCGCGCUCCUCCGCUCCCAGAGCAGCUGGCAGAUGGCCCUCGGCUACCUGCUCGUCUCGCACAUCUGCGCGUCGCCCGUCCACGUCCAGAUCGUGCUCUCCCACUUUGCCUGCUCGACAGAGGACCUCGGCCCCGCAGAGUCGUUCCCUUCGCGCCAGCUCCGCACCACCAUGGACGUCAUCUGCUCAGAGGACAUUGAGUACAUCCACGGCGGCCUCCACCUCCAGGUCACGCACCACCUCUUCCCCCGCCUGCCCCGUCACAACCUCCGCAAGGCAAGCCUGCUAGUCAAGGAGUUCUGCAAGGACCAGGACUUGAAGUACCUCGAGUACGGCUGGCUCCACGGCAACAAGCAGGUCCUCGCGACUCUGCGCGACGUGGCCGACCAGCUCGCCCUCCUGAAAAAGGUGGCAGACAAGGAGAUUAAAGAGCGACUCAACUAGAAAACCAUACCAAACAGACACACUAGAUUCUUGAUUCCUGUAUCUAUGUAAAUACAUC